UUUCCUUUAUCAGUCGCAUCAUUCGUCAAGGCACUCAACGCCAAGGGCAAAAAUGAAUCCACUGAUUGCGAAAAUUGUCCAACUCAUUCAAAUACUUCUUCCUCAAGUGAAGUAUUGGUGGAAGCUUCCAGUCGUGCUCGCAAUGGUUUACCAAUUUAAUCAACGAGAUUUUAUGUUUAACAACAAUUUAUUCGAUGGCUACUCUCUCGAAAAAAAGGGACCGAAAUAUCACUGUCAGGAUCCCUUAAUAGGUCAUUUACCUCUGGGCUGUGUCACUAAAAAGAGUUCCCCGUUUCCAUACUUCCGCAUCAAGGAUGGCCUCACUAUUGAAGAGUGUGUCAACCACUGUAAAGAUAACAGAUACGCCUAUGCAGGUUUUGAUCACUGUCGAAAGUGCUACUGUGGUGAUAAAAUCUUGAAAUAUGUGGAAUGUAAGAAGGGCAAGUUUGGAUGUGGUAGAUCCUCUCAGAUUAAAAUCUUCAGGACAAUGUUUUGUACAGAGGAAAUGAAAUCAGUAAGGACCCAUGACGGAACCUGUAAUGACCUGAAUCAUCCGGCUUCGGGAAGCAGGUAUUACCGGUUUGGCAGAAACAUUAAUCGCACGAAGACGUUUGAGGACAAAAACCUUCUCGAACCGUGCCCAAGGAAGCUGAGCAAAAGGUUGAUGGCCAGAGACCAAUUUAUUCCCGCCACGACAUUGAACCUGUUGACCGUAGGCUUUUUACAAAUGAUGUUACACGAUUGGUUUGACCACGGGCCGGUCGACACAUCACGCAGAAUAAAUAUCAGCCUCGACAAAAAUGAUACCGAUGAUCAGAAAUUCCAUGGAGAAUUUAUGAGAAUUCCACGAACUAAAGAGGACAACUGCAAGCAAUACUCGAAUAAAGAUGGAGCCGCAACCUUUCAGAAUGAUAACACGCAUUGGUGGGACGGAUCACAAUUGUAUGCCAGCGAUGACCAAACAAAUGCAAGACUACGCAGCUUCGAAGAUGGAAAAAUGAAAGUUUCAGAUAAAGAUGGUCUCUUGCCGAUCGAUAAGAAAACUGGCAUUGAUAUUACUGGUUUUAGUCAGAAUUGGUGGAUCGGUCUCUCUCUCCUGCAUAACAUAUUUAGCCUAGAGCACAAUUCUAUUUGCGAUAUGUUGAAAUUGCAUUAUCCUAACUGGGACGACCAGAAAUUGUAUGACACUGCCAGGUUGAUCAACGUUGCUGGGCUUCAGAAAAUUCACACAGUGGAAUGGACCCCAGCUGUCUUAAACAGCUCUGCUCUCCGGAACGGAGUAUAUCUGAAUUUUGACUUGCCACUUGAAAAGGAAAUAUAUGAUUGGAUGGCUGAUCACAAGAUUAGCGUAUCAGCGAGCGCUGAUAUACUGAAACCUCUCGUAGGACAGCCAAGCGAGUACCAUGGAGUUCCUUUUUCCUUGACAGAGGAAUUUGUAGCAGUGUAUCGCAUGCACCCAUUUCUACCUGAUGACCUGUAUCUUCGAAAUGCCUCAAACGGUCAAAGAACGGGAAAAUCGUACUCACUCCCAGAGUAUUCUUUUGCUGGGGCCAGGAAAAUCAUAAAAGAGAGCAGCAUGGACGAUAUUGUGUUCACAUUCGGUGUGGAGCAUCCAGGAGCACUCCGUCUUCAUAACUACCCGAAACACCUCAUGAACCUAAAGUUACCCAAUCAUCAACAAGAUGGAGAGACAAUCGACCUCGCAACAGUUGACAUAUUGCGUGACCGCGAGAGAGGAAUCCCGCGGUAUAACGAAUUCAGAAGACUGACAAAUCUCGCUCCCGCUGAAACAUUUGAGAAGCUUACAAGAAAUAAACAGCACCAGGUGCUACUCAAGGAGCUGUACGACGGCGACAUUGAGAAAGUAGACCUGCUGAUUGGUUGUCUUGCAGAGGACCCUCUGCCAGAUGGGUGGGGUUUUGGUGAAACAGCUUUCAACAUAUUUCUUACUAUGGCGUCUCGGAGAGUACAGGUAGACAGGUUUAUGACGGAUAAUUAUAACGAUGAAACUUACUCACCCGAAGGCUUGAAGUGGAUUAAAGACACAGACAUGAAGAAAGUACUUUUACGCGCAUUUCCUAAGAUGGAAUGGCUGAAAGCAACCAUGGCUAAAACCAAGAACGCCUUUUGGCCUUGGCCUGCGAUAUCUGCCAAUUCGUUAAAAGAGUAAGAAGUUUCACGGAUGCAACUCAACAAAACAGCUUGGGCUAAGUAGAGGGUAGAUGGUUCUGAAAGUUUCUUCAAAGUU